GCCGGAGCGCUGGCCAUGAGGGCCCUGUGGAUGGCGCUGUGCGCGCUGGCGCGGCUGGGGCCCGGGGCCCUGGCGGGCUGCGCAGAGGCUGGGCGCUGCUGCCCCGGCCGGGACCCCGCCUGCUUCGCCCGCGGCUGGAGGCUGGACAGGGUCUACGGGACGUGCUUCUGCGACCAAGCCUGUCGCCUCACCGGGGACUGCUGCUUCGACUACGACAGGGCAUGCCCAGCUCGCCCGUGCUUCGUGGGGGAGUGGAGCCCCUGGAGUGGCUGUGCGGACCAGUGCAAGCCCACCACCCGCGUGCGGAGGCGCUCGGUGCAGCAGGAGCCGCAGAACGGCGGGGCGCCCUGCCCGCCCCUGGAAGAGCGAGCCGGCUGCCUGGAGUACUCCACGCUGCAGGGCCAGGACUGCGGGCGUGCCUUCGUACCUGCCUUUAUAACUACCUCUGCAUUCAACAAGGAGAGAACGAGACCAGCUGCAUCUCCACAGUGGGCCACACACACAGAGGAUGCCGGUUACUGUAUGGAGUUCAAGACAGAGUCCCUGACUCCUCACUGUGCUCUGGAAAACCGACCUUUGACCCGAUGGAUGCAGUAUCUCCGGGAGGGAUACACAGUGUGUGUAGACUGCCAGCCGCCAGCUAUGAACGCCGCGAGCCUUCGUUGUUCCGGAGACGGCCUGGACUCUGACGGAAAUCAAACUCUCCAUUGGCAAGCAAUUGGCAAUCCACGAUGUCAAGGAACUUGGAAAAAAGUUCGGAAAGUAGACCAAUGUUCUUGUCCAGCUGUUCACAGCUUUAUUUUUAUAUAG